GUUACACAAUGACUUCAAAAGGUUACAUAUGCACGCUUCCUACACAUGAAACUGAAAGAAAAUCUAUGUAAAGAAUUAUAAUAUUUAAGGAUCUGCUAAAUAUUAUGUUGAUUCAUAACAAAAGUAUUGUGGAUACCCAAAGAGCUCUAAUUCUUCCUGAUAAAGAAUCAUGCCAACUAAAUGUCUAAGACUGAAUAUGGUUCGUUAUCGAAUGGCAGAAGGAGGAUCUCCACUCAACUCACUACCAGAUACAUCCCCUAAAGAAAGAGAUUUUUUUGGAGCUGAAAUAUGGGAAAGUCUUCGUUCAAAACACACAAUGCUGUCAUACUGGCGCAGAGGCUUAACAGAAGUAUUAAAAGACCAUGAAUUUGACGAAGCUGAAGGAAAGAAAGUUAUAAACUUUCUAUUGUCUAUUUUUCGUUUUGCCAUUUUGGCAGCUAAAGAACAAGGACCUGGUGCAACAGUCAAGAUACUUUAUAACUUAGUCCCUAAUCAUUUGAACCUGGUUAGCUGGCGGAGGAUAUUAGUUGGAAUGAAUUUAGUGUUAGAAGAACCCGAUACAAAUAAUGACAUUAGACUUAUAGGAGUCACAUUAUCUAAAAAACAUAAGCGAGAAAUAGUUAUAAAAACGUUAGACGAAUUUUCCAGAUUAUUAGUUUUGCUGAAAGAUUGCAAUUGGCAAGUAUUGCAGACAAUUCUAGAUAUGGACCAAGGUUAUCCAAUGGCUCUACUUGAAAUAUUGGAUUAUUGCAAGGACCAUGAUUUUGCACCUGUAUCAAAACAAAAAAACUUAAAGAUUUUGUAUGAAAUAGACCUUUUUGCAAUGCGUCAGUUAGGAUUUUAUCGUGCAAAUCCAACAGAACCAGUGUCAUGGGAACGGCCUGCAAGUAAUGCUCAUUUGACGUUCAUUUCUAUAUUAUAUGCAUUGUAUGGAUCUUUAAUAAGAGACCUUCCACGCUCUAACGACUUUCGUAGCUUACCUGUUCUAUGAUGUCUAUUUCUUUGACUGUAUGGUGGAUAACUGAUGAAACAUGAUGUACCAUGUAUAAAAUACGAAUAUCAGAUAGUUCCAUUCUUUCCAUGUAUAAACGUUGUUAUAUCAUUUAUAUGUUGUUACCUUUAAAAGAUAGCUGUUGUAUAAUAUAUGGAUGUUAUGUAUGUCAAUAUUAAAAGAACUUUAA